AUGGCGGAUUUUGGUUCUUCGGAUAUGAAGCAGUGUUCUUCCGUGAAGGUGAACGAUCACGUUGUCCUGAAAGGUCGUCCCUGCAAGAUUAUGGAAUGUUCAGCUCCCAAGACCGAGAAAGGCAAGGUGCGUCUAGUUGGUUCUGACGUUAUCACUCAUACCAGCUACGAAGACACCCUCCCGUUAAAACAUAUUAUGAAAACUCUGCCGGGUCAGGAGUUUCAGCUGGUGGAUAUCCUGGACGGGGGGUUCAUAUCCAUCGCUGACAACAAAGGUAAUGUCAGAGACGACCUUAAACUACCGGAUGGGGACUUAGGAAAAGACAUCAAGAUGAGAUUCGAUGAAGGAGAGUUUCCCUUUGUUACCGUCAUCGACGCGCUUGGCCAGGAUGUGGUGGUCUCUGUACGCCAAGAGACAGAUUAG